UCCUGGUAUCGGUGAAGGAGCCUUCUGAGGCCAAUAUGGAACGACCUUGCCCUGGUCUUUCAGAAGAGACUUCUUCACAAGGGUCAACGCAUGAUCCAAAAGAAAUCAAUGAAACCAUAGUGACUGAAUUAACUUCACCUGAUGAAAAAGUAACUCGAAUAGAAAACAUACUUGAUCUCUGGAGUGGAAAUCUUAAGACAAAUGUUCUGACUGAAUUGAGAAAAUGGAAGCUUAGUUUGAUCGAACAUCACAAGCUUCAAAUGAGACAAGAAAAGGAGAAACAUGCGGCACACGUCAGACAAUUGAGCAAUGAGAUGGAAAACCUAAAGGAGUUGCUACGUACUUACGAAAUCUCUAUUGGCAGAAAAGAUGAGGUGAUUACUAACUUGACCCAAGCAUUAGAGAGGCAAAAGGAGAGAAUAGAGUUGAUGAGAAAGUUUACGCUGUGGCGGAUUCAGCAUGUUAAAGCCAAACAAGAGGAAUAUGCAAAUAGAAUAGCAGACAGACAAUUCCGGACAGCUUUGAUGAAGAAAGUAUGGGCAGCAUGGCGCUCUCUUAGUGAAGAAAAAUGGAAAGAAAAAGUAGCAAAGGCCUGUCAGUUAAGGGCAGAAGAUGUCUGUGUUCAGCUCACCAAUGAUUAUGAAGCCAAAAUUGCAGAGCUAACUGCUACUUUGGAACAGACAAAAGCUGAGAUUCUGCGAUUGCACAGUGAAAGAGAACACUAUGAAGAUACCAUGAAGAAAGCCUUUAUGCGUGGUGUAUGUGCUUUGAAUCUGGAAGCAAUGACCAUGUUUCAGGGCAAGGACAGUAGGACAGAUCCUGGUCAGUAUAAAAAGCGGGUCUAA